ACUUCGUGUUCUUCGUCUAUUUUCUUUCUUUCACUUUUCCACAAGCAAAGAAACAAAAAGGAUGAGUUCAAGAGUGUUCAGAGCAACACCAGAUAACAACUAUUUGGUCCCCAGGAGAUCCAAAGACCAACAAGACUCCAGUCCCGACCGUAACCGAAUCUGGUCGGAGCCUCGUCAUAAACCGGUCGUUAACCGGAAAGUCCCAGUCGUUUAUUAUCUCUGUCGGAAUGGUCAGCUUGACCAUCCUCAUUUCAUGGAAGUCACUCUCUCUUCCCACGAUGGUCUUUAUCUCAAAGAUGUGAUAAACCGCUUGAAUGAUCUUAGAGGGAAAGGCAUGGCAAGUCUCUACUCUUGGUCUUCCAAACGGAGCUACAAAAAUGGAUUUGUCUGGCACGAUUUAUGUGAGGACGAUUUCAUCUUCCCGGUGCAAGGUCAAGAAUAUGUUCUCAAAGGCUCUGAGGUUCUUGAUUCUUGUCUUAUCUCAAACCCAAGAAGCCUCCUUGAAACGUCGUCGUUUAGGGAUCCAAGAUCUUUAAACCCUGAUAAAAACUCCGGAGAUGAUAUCCCGGCGGUGAUAAAUCGCCGGAGAAACCAGUCUUGGAGCUCCAUUGAUCUCAGCGAGUACAAGGUUUACAAAGCAACCGAGUCAAGCGCCGAGUCAACUCAAAGACUCGCUGCAGACGCUUCUACUCAAACAGACGAUAGACGACGGAGGAGAAAACCGGCGAAAGAGGAAAUAGAAGAGGCAAAAAGUCCGGUGAGUUACGAGAAUCAGAGUACAGAGCUGAGCAGAGACGAGAUAUCUCCUCCACCGUCGGAUUCAAGUCCCGAGACAUUAGAGAAUCUGAUCAAAGCAGAUGGACGGCUGAUAUUACGUCCUAACGAAAGCAGCACCGAUCAUCGGACGGUCGAGAGUUUAUCCAGCGGAAGAAUGAGAGCUUCGGCUGUAUUAAUGCAGCUGAUAUCGUGUGGUACGAUGUCGUUUAAAGAAUGUGGGCCUGUUUUGUUGAAAGAUCAAGGGCUGUCGUUGAACGGGCGUAGCGGAUGUACGAUAACGCGAGGAGCAGAGGAUAAUUAUGGGGAGAGGGUAGAGAAGGAAUUAAAGAGUUUAGGAAGGGUAAAAUUGGAAGAUAAGGAGUAUUUUAGCGGCAGUUUGAUUGAGACCAAGAAGGAACUUGUUCCUGCUUUGAAAAGAUCUUCUUCUUACAAUGCUGACAGGAAUUCAAGAAUGGGACCAACGACGGAGAAGGAUGAGGAAGAAGUGGUUCGAGCUAAGUGCAUUCCGAGAAAACCAAAGCCGGUGGCUCUAAGGAACAAUGGUGGGCAGCAGUAACAAAACGGCACAAAUGUCUGAUGAGAAGGAAGCAAAACGGCACGCAGUCUUACAAGCUUAUUUUGGGUUUUAAGUAGCAGGGAAGAGAAAAGAAGAAUAGGGAAUGAUGAGUUUGUUAAGCAUUGUGAAUUGUGUAGGUAACUAUAUAAAAAUUCCUUUGCAUG